AUGGCCGAAGCCGAGCAAGAUUUCAGUUCUUUACCCUUACCGGACCGAUUCACUCAUAAGAACUGGAAAGUCCGGAAGGAGGGAUACGAAGACGCAAAAGCGCAAUUCGAAAAGACUCCCGACGAAGAUCAUCCUGUGUUUGCGCCAUUCUUACAAGAUUCAAAUUUGUGGAAAGGGGCAGUUGCAGAUUCCAAUGUCGCUGCACAGGUAGAAGGCCUGGCGUCAUACUGUUCAUUCUUGAAAUUCGGAGGUGUACAAGCAUGUAUAAAGACUCGCAGUCUUACGAUUGGCCCGAUCGCAGAAAAGGGUCUCCCAUGCGCCAGACCUGCCGGAAAAGCCAGCGCACAAGAAGCGCUUUUACUAUGUGUCGAAUUAGACAAGGCAACUCCAGUUCUCGAAGAUCUCAUCCCAGUCACAACACAUAAAGUACCAAAGGUGGUCGCUGCUACAUUGUCCACCUUGACACUCAUCUACCAUAAUUUCGGCUGCAAGAUUGUCGACCCAAAACCAACACUGAAGGCCUUGCCGAAGGUCUUCGGCCAUGCAGAUAAGAACGUUCGUGCAGAGGCACAGAAUCUGACUGUGGAACUGUAUCGAUGGCUCCGCGAGGCCAUCAAGCCCCUUUUUUGGGCCGAUUUGAAGCCUAUGCAGCAGGCGGAUCUAGAAAAACUAUUUGAAGCUGUUAAGCAAGAGCCUACCCCAAAACAGGAGCGAUUCACGCGCGUUCAACAGGAUGCUAUGGCUGAGGCCAGUAACGCCCCAGUUGCUGAGGAAGGUGAGGAAGGAGGGGAAGAAUUUGACGAGGAGGAGGAGGAAGCCGAGGUGAUUGAUUUGGCAGAGCCUGUCGAUAUAAUGCCCAAAGUACCCAAAGAUCUUCAUGACAACCUCGGCUCAUCGAAAUGGAAAGACCGAAAGGAAGCGCUGGAUGCGCUUUACAAUGUACUCAACGUACCUCGCAUCAAAGAGGGCCCGUUUGAUGAAAUUGUGCGGGCACUGGCAAAGUGUAUGAAAGAUGCCAAUGUUGCAGUUGUCACAGUUGCGGCUAACUGUGUCGAUUUGCUGGCUAGGGGUCUCCGACUCAGCUUCGCAAAGUACCGUUCUACCAUUAUGGUCCCGAUCCUAGAGCGUUUGAAGGAGAAGAAACAGUCUGUUGCAGAUGCACUAGGUCAUGCGCUUGAUGCAGUGUUCUUAUCGACAGAUCUCUCUGACUGCCUCGAAGACAUUUUUGAAUUUCUGAAGCACAAGAAUCCUCAAGUGAAGCAGGAAACCCUCAAAUUUCUGAUCCGCUGCCUUCGCACGACUCGGGUUGUACCAUCCAAACCGGAGGUGAAGUCGAUUGCCGAGGCCGGUACCAAGCUAUUGACAGAGUCUACAGAAGUUGUACGGUCCGGCGGAGCAGAGGUUCUGGGUACUUUGAUGAAAAUCAUGGGCGAAAGAGCCAUGAACCCUUAUCUUGACGGUUUGGAUGAGAUUCGGAAGACCAGAAUCAAAGAAUUCUUUGAAACAGCGGAGGUCAAGGCCAAGGAUAGACCAAAGCCAAUAGUGGCACCUCCCAAACCCGCUGCCCCUGCCGUAAAGAAGGCUGUGCCAGGAAAGAAACCGGCACUCGGUUUGAAGAAGGCGACACCUGCUGCUGCUGCCGCCGCACCGCCUGAAUCACCAACUAAGCCAACACCUCGGGCUGCUCUGUCAAAGCUAGGUGGUGCUCCCAAGUCUGUGGCUCCUCCUGCGGCUGGCAUGAGGCUCAAGAGCAAGCUUGGUGGCCCAGGAGGGUUGGCAUCGCCCCAGAGACGGGUUGCCUCCCCACCAUCGGAGGAACUCGCACCUCCUCCGGCUGCUCCUAAGCUUGGCCUCGGACGCGGUCUGGCUGGUCGUCCUAUCGCAAAGCCCUCGGCUUAUGCUGAGGCUCCUCCAGCACCUGCCGCUCCAGCAGUGAAUGCUAUCUCAGCAGCCGAACGUGCGGAGCUAGAAGAGCUCCGUGUUGCGGAGAAAGAAAGUUUCACCCGGACUAUCGAGGAGAUGAAGUCUGACCGCUCCAGGUUGAACUCACAGAUUACUGAACUCCAGAACCAGAACGCCCAGUUGAUUGAGGACCAUACCCGGGAUGUCUUGAGCAUCAAGGCGAAGGAAACCCAGCUUGUUCGCGCACGAAGUGACGCUGAAGCUGCCGAGCAAAAUGUCCAGAAGCAGCAACGAGAGAUUGAGCGUUUGAAGCGUGAGUUGGCACGAGCCCUUCGUGCAUCCGCGACAAGUCCAUCCAAUGACAUGUCGGAGGGAAGUGAGUCAGCCUCCAUAUACCAUGAGCCGAUCAUUGGUGCUGUACCACCACGCUCUGGUCCUGGUCUGCAAAUUGGAUCCCGCUUCGACAAUUCACGGUCUCGAAGCUUCGCCUCGGCUAGUCCGAGUGAGGAGAAAGAAAACGGUGGUCUUGCAUCACCGGGUCUAAGUCGACGCAAGUUGAGUCCGACUUAUAACAACUUCCAGUCAGCCCUUGCAAGCCCCACUCGUUCACGAGCAUCCAUCAAUCCAUCAGAUGAGGACCAGCUGAGACAGCCUGAACCAUGGAAGAGAGCCGCUGAAGUUACGAGUGCAUUGAAGGCCAGAAUCGAGGAAAUGAAGCUCAAACAAGGGAUUUCAUCACGACAACCUGCUCAACGCCAAUGA